CAAUGUAAAAUAACAACACCAGGUUUAUUAUCAUACAAGUUUCAUAUAAUAUCAUAAACAUAGCUAAGAUUCUAUUUAAAUCCGCUUAAGAAAAGUUUACGCGCUAACGGCACAAUCUAAAGACUACAUCACCCAGCUCUGCGCGCUAUGAAACCGAGGCAGCGUAAACAGUACUUCAGGAACAUGAAAAGAUCGGAUGACAGUGAGAGGGAAAAGAGGAGAAAGAGGCGGAGGCUUAUACAGGAACUGGGAGAGCAGAGGAUUCCCUACCUUUCUCCUGCAGACCCAGGAUUUCAGGAACUGUGGGACUCCAGUUAUGCAGGACUGGCUUUACGACAGUCUAGUGCCUUGCCAGAUGGUCUCCAUGAGAGAGUGCAGUCUGCUUUGAUAACUCUUCAGCGGUGUGGAUGUCUCCUCCGAGAUCUUGUCCGAGUCCGAGACCGGGACGUCUUCACAGCCGUUUCGCGUGCUCUCGUGGGUCAGCCGGGCUACACAUACCGUUAUCUGAACACCCGUCUGUUCACCAUCCCUUGGCACUGUGAGGGAGAAGAAGGCCAGAAAGAUGAGAAAGAGAAACCUUGCUGUGACUCCGACCUGAGGGACGCUUGCAAAGCAUUGUGGGAGCUCAAUCAGUUCUUUUGCUCAGAUGUGAAGCAGCAGACAAAUGCAAGAGGCGUCAAGCGUUCCCGCAGUGACACCGAAAACAGUGAAGAGACACCAGGGGAGGGGAUGUGCGAAGAGAGUGUGAAGGACCGGUUACUUGAGGAGAAGCAGGAGAAAGAGAAGAAGGAGGAAGAGGAAGAAGACAGCGGUCAGGGCUGCUCUCAUUCCUCACCUCCUUCAUCCACUCCGCCACCUGAUGUGGCCGGCCUAGUUCAGUUUAACAUGACCCUCAUCAACUACAUGGACCCCACAGCCAUGACCCAGCUGAAGGAAGAGCCCUAUUAUGGAAUGGGCAAGAUGGCGGUGGGUUGGCAUCAUGACGAGAACCUGGUUCCUCUGUCACCAGUUGCUGUCUACAGCUAUAGCUGCCCAGCAGAGCCAAAGAAUGAAGGUGAGAGGUCUAAUGUCUUGGGUAGAGCGUAUAAUAUUGUAUCAGAUCCAUGA